AUGCCGGCAGAGAACGAGAUGGCCUUAUUAGCGACAGAGGCGCCAUGGCCCAUUUCCUCGCCGCCGCCGGCGUGGUUCGCCGCCCUUGUCGCCGUCGGCCUCUACAUCGUCGUGCGGUCCGCCGCCACCUUCCUCCUCUGGCUCCACCGCGCGUUCCUGCGCCCGGGCAGGGACCUGCCCGGGCGGUACGGGACGUGGGCGGUGGUGACCGGCGCCACGGACGGCAUCGGGCGCACGGUGGCGCUGGAGCUCGCCCGCGAGGGGCUCCACCUCGUCCUGGUGGGUCGGAGCCCCGACAAGCUGGCGCGGGUGGCGAAGGAGGUCCUGGCCGCCGCGCGGUCGCCGUCGUGCAAGGUGCGGAGCGUGGUGUUCGACCUCGCCGUCACCGGGGACGACGCGCGGCGCGGGGUGGCGAGGGUGGCGGCCGCCGUGGAGGGCCGCGACGUGGGUGUCCUCGUCAACAACGCCGGCGCGACGUACCCGUGCGCCGCCUACUUCCACGAGGUGGAGGCGCCCGUGUGGGAGGCCGUGGUGCGGGUGAACGUCGAGGCCGCGACGCGGAUCACGCGCGCCCUGCUGCCGAUGAUGGCCGCCAGGGGCAGGGGCGCCGUCGUCAACGUCGGCUCCGGCUCCAGCGUCGUCGUGCCGUCGUUCCCGCUCUACGCCGUCUACGCGGCGAGCAAAGCGUACGUUGAUCAAUUUUCUCGAAGCCUGAGUGCUGAAUACAAACAAUAUGGUGUAGACGUGCAAUGCCAGAUCCCUCUGUAUGUGGCCACCAAGAUGUCGCCUGUGAAGGGCGCUUCUCCGUUCGUACCAUCGCCUGAGGAGUACGCCAGGGCCGCUCUUCGCUGCAUUGGCUACGAGGCGAGGUGCGUCCCGUACUGGCGCCACUCGGUUCAGUGGUUCUUGGCGUCUCUAACGCCAGAUGCUGCUCUGAAUCACUGGCGCCUCCAAACUGGCAUCCGGAAAAGAAAUGAGAUGAAGGCUCAGGCUCUGCUCGGAGAAAAAGCCUGCAGUUAG